CGCUAAACAACUAAAACAAAACCUUGUCAGGAUUGUUAUUUUAUAUUUUUUCCGUGCUUUUUGUGAUUGUGUUGUGACUUAAUUAGUUUGAUGAAUGAAGAUGGAGCAAUCAACGAUGCAGAACAUAUCCUUUCAGCCAAAAACUAUGGCGGAAUUGCUUCCAGAUCUUGCCCUAAACGGCAUAAUAUCUAAAGAAGCAAUACUGACGCUUACUGGUAAAAAGAAGCCUCGAAACACUAUGGCAAUUAACCGAACAGCUGAGAAGGCCGUGAAGCCACUAACUAUGGCUGAAAUGAGAGCUGAAUUACAAGCUUUCAAAGGCCGCACCCCUUGCAUGGCUCAGCCAGCAACAUCAACAAGGAAGAAAGGCUGGAACUCCUCUGUGAAACUGGACAAGAGAGUGAACCACACAGCAGAUGGGAAGCUGCGCAAUAAUGUGGUCAGAAAGGUUCUCAAUUUCCAACCACCUAAACCUGUAGCUCCAGUUCAGAACAAAACGAUAUCAAAUGCCCGUGUAUCAAUGAUGCCACCUGCUCGCUCAAGAAUGACUUCAGCAGCUGUAGCCAAUGCCAGGAUGACUCUCAUGCCUCCUGAGACUCCAAAGUUUCCCAAACCAGAACACAGGGCUAAGAAGUCACUGUAUGUUCAAGCUAAAACGAAUGUACGAAUCAGCGGCAUAUGCAAAAUUCCAGAAACACCGGUAGAAACUAAACCCAAAGUAACUAUUGCCAACAAAGAAAACAGCUCAUACCAAGCUAAUAUAAACAGAAAAUCCAUCGCUCCCACGCUCAUAAACCACAAGAGGCUGGCCCCACCCCCCAAAGCAGACACACCUUUAUCAAAUGACUCCUGGAAAUCUGGCAGCGAUGCCAGUUUCAUACAAAAAGAAAAGGAAAUCCAUGAAACUGAGGCUAUGACAGAUGCAAUAUUAGACGCACAGCACACUCUUGAGAACAUAGCCGAGGUCUCACCACCCAUCGCAACACCAUUCAGGGACUACAGAAACAAUAUAGAAUGCCACAACAACUCCAGUGUUAUGGACAAUUCUAAUACUGAAAAUGAUACUAUCAUGUGCUUUGAUAACCCUACUAUGUUAGAAAGAGUCCAUAAUCAAGAUGAAAGACUAAACAAAAGUGAAAAAAUUGACAGAGAAGAAAGUGUGAUUGUGUCAUUAUGUGACAUGCUGAAUAAAGCUACUGUCACUAACUCUGAGAGCACAUCUAAGCUGGAUGAGCUACUUGAAGUUGAAAGGCAGACUGAGCACAACAUUAAAAUGAUAGAAAAUGGUAUUCAAGCUCUUAAAAAUAUCAAAGAAGCGCAAUAUAAAUCACUAUCUCAAGUGAGGAAACUGAUAAGAGACAAAAGAAGCAGUAGAAAAGUGUCAGACAGUGAUAAAGAUACCACUUUAGUUAGUAACAGUGCUGAACCCCGAAGUCCUCCAAAGAGUCCAGUGCUCGGUCACCCUUGUUCAGUUAUCAGAUUAAGUCCAAAAUCCCCGUCUUAUAAGAUACCUAAAAGAACACCAUGUUUGAGGAAAAGGGUGUUUUAUAAAUCAAUGCCUAAUGUAGUGUCAGACAUGAGCACUCCAGUGAAGUUAGAAGGUGGGACAGCUUUAAACAUGUAUAUGAAGAUGAAAAAGCAGUUGCAUUUCUUGAACACUCCGCUGGUGAAGUCGCGGCCGGCCCUGGUGCCCGACACGCCGGCCAUCACCUCGCAAAAUCUUCAGAUGCAACUAAAUAAAUUAUACAACAGAAGCUAGUAGUAGUUAUACUAUAGAUAGACUAUUAUAUGGGUUUAAUCGAUCAACUUUAAAAAGAGCUUAAUUUUAAGGGAUAUUUCCAGUAGCCCCACAACACGUAAUCAUAGGAUUGCUGUUGGGUAAAUAGACGGAAGCUCCUUAGAUAUUACUGGAAACAUAAUUCGUAAUAUUUUUAUUCAUAAUAGAUUCUUACAGAACAUUUUUUGAAGGUCAAGAAUUGUAGGGAGAAGUUACAAAUAUUUGACAUUGAAUGGUACAGGUAGGUAUUAAAUUAUAAUUUAUAUUUCACGCUUAACUGUCGAAGGAGGCUGCACCCUUAGAGGAUAUAACCAAACUGAGGCUUUGUCUGUAAUUUUUCGCUACAAAACAGUAGCCGAUUUUUGAGGUGGAGGGGCACGUCAAAUGUAUACAUAACGUAAAAAUAGCCAUGUCAGAUAAACGUCAGUCCAUACAAUGUGUUACUGCUACUCCUGUUAAUGGCUACUCCGUUUGGUUAUAUCCUCUAAGGCUGCACCAGUUGGCCUCGGCUGGGCGCUGCUGGAGGAGGCCGCGCUGGACCGCAAAAUAUGGAAAUCCCUUCUGAGAGCCUUACGUCCCUGAUGAGGGAUAACAGGAUAUCAUCAUCAUCAACUGUAGAUAAGGCAACCGACCAUACGUGUCUGUCUGUGAAAUAAUCGUCUACUCUAGCCUUUUUUUAUUAAAGUAUGAAUUAAGUAUCUUUUAUAAUUACGUUUAUAAUUUUAUACAUGUCAUAUUUAACAUUUAUCAAUUUGGUUAGAAAUUGCCGAUUGUUCACUACAGAUAUACAGGGCGAAUUGUAAACAUCUCAGUGAUAAGUGAUAAAAGAUUUUUGUCUGUUGUAGUCUUAGUUAAGGUAUGUCGUCCCACUAGACUCCUCUCUAAACUCGACAGCUGCAACUAUGUUAUGUAACAUACAACAGUCAACUUUAUUUAGGAUGUGUUAAGGUUCAAUUUUCACUGUAACCAUUGUCAUCUAUUGCCGACUGUCAAAGGGUUAAAUCAAAACCAGGCAUUCAAACUGGAUAUAUGCUUCUUUCAAAUUUGCCAAAUUUCCACAUGGAAAAACUUCGGAUAUAUCUCAGAUUUUUGUGUGGGAAUAGUAUUUUUUAUUUCCAAAUUAAAGUUUUCUUUGUUUCUGUGAAAUUUUCCUGAAAUUUCCAUGAACUUUUCUAACUUUGGACACUUUCCGCAACUUGCACAUCUGGGCUGUAACCGCGAAAACUGAAGUUCGCAAAUUGCGGGCAUCUUUCUUUUACACCAAUUAUAACCGUGAUUAGACUAACAGAGAAAGAUGCCCGCAAUUUGCGAACUUCGGUUUUCGCGGUAGGCCCUCUUUAAUUCUAACCCACGGAAUUUCUUAAAGCGCCAUCUGCGUUAAGGUUUGCGUUUUUUACCUCUAUGUAAAAAUUUCUACUAAAUAAAUUAUUAAGUAAUAGACAGCACUGUUUGAAAUAAGUUUUAAAAUUAUUUUUAUUUAGUAAAUAUACAGUACAUAUUUACUAAGCGUUUAUUGCCUUUAUUUUUAAUAAUUGGAUGUAGUCGGAACAAAUAACGAAUGUAAUAUUAAUAUA